AUGCCAGUCACAUCCAAGCUCGUCACGGCAGCGCCCUCAAACGCUCGUGCCGCAACCACCCCUCCGAGUAGCCCAAGCCAACCGCUCUCUCGCCAUGGGGAAUCAGAGCAGCUUGUUGCCUUUGAAUUGGCUGCACUCUUCAAGGACAUCCUGAAGAUAGCACAGGCGACGCAGGCAGUGCCGCCGCCUCCUCCUGAGGUUCAAGUGAUUGAAGAGGAAAAGCAACCCAGAAUCAGAGCUUCCAAGGUUGAAUUCAAGCUGGUGAAUGAGAUCUGGGAUAGAGCGAAGUGCAAGUACAAGAUCGUAGAGACAUCAGAGUCAAGCGAAGAUGACGAGUAUGAAGAGUACUUGUUCAUUGUGCGGCAGCAAUUUGACAAGAACAAUAAAUCCUUCAGUACAUUCUUAGACAUGAAGUCAGAAGAGUUAAGAGACAUCUUACGGCUGUUGCUGAAAGAUGUGAAAGCCGUCUGCCUUAGAGAAGACAAGCCAACCAUUUCGCCACGCCUCUUGUUUAGCUUCCUUCCCCAGCUAAAAGCCUAUCGGGAGAACAGUCUUUCCCCCGACUCAAUCGGUGCCCAGCAUCUUGAUGUGCUUGUGGCUUUUCUUGAAAACCAUUUCUCGUCUACAACCAAGAGUCUCCUGCCGCUUCUGGAGCAUGGCGAAAUCACCUUUAGCCUUCUUUGGGCCUUGUUCAAGCCAAACACACACAUCUUCACAAUCUGCGACGGCUCGGAUCAACCAAGAUGCCUCAUAUAUGAUUCAGGCGAGUUGAAGACCUCACUCUUGGGCGAAAAGCGCUUCGAACUUGAUUGUCGCUAUCUCGGCUGUGACGGGAAGGUCUUCGGCGAGGUGGCCACCACUCUUUCCAUCUCGGAGUUUCGUUCAACGAGGAAAAUUGCAUCUCUCAAUGCAUUCCCGCUGAUGUAUCAUGGGGCCGAAGCUGAGUUGAGGCAGAAUCUUAUUCGCAACGGGCGGAAGUUCAUGUCUCUUGGAGGCAUUUACCACUGUGAUUGCGAAGGUUUCGGUUAUUUCCGGACUGACGAAGGUCCGUUGAAAUUUUCUACGAGGGGCCGCAUUAUGGUGGAUGCGUUAGCGUUCAAAAACGCUAAUCCCAACUAUGGCAAGCCGCGAGUUGAUGAGACGUCUCAUCGAGGGUUUUACGCGAUCGACUUCGAUGCUGAAAGGAAGAAGAUGCAGCAAGAUAAGGUGAAGAGUAAGGGUAUAGUUCCCGAAGAGAUGGGAGACGAGGACCUCUUAAUCUGUAACCCGACAGUCCUGGGCUUCAGUUUGGCGAAUAAACAAUGGGGCGAAUUUCCCGUCGCCAAUAUCAAGGACAUUAGAUGGGAUACCUUGGCAUUCGAGUCGCUCGCAAUCCCGGAGCAAAAGAAAGAGAUGCUUCAAGCACUUGUGGAGGGCCAUCAGUCUGAGUCAGGGCACGUCAAGUUUGAUGACGUAAUAUCAGGAAAGGGACAAGGCCUGGUCUUACUGCUACAUGGCUUGCCUGGGGUGGGAAAGACAUUGACAGCUGAAGGAAUUGCCGAGUUCCAGAAAAGGCCUCUCUAUGUGGCUUGCGCGGGAGACCUCAGUUUGGAUCCGGCCGUUUUGGAAGCACGACUGUCUCCAAUCCUUGAUGUCGUUCGACGCUGGGGCGCUGUGCUCCUCCUCGAUGAGGCUGAUGUCUUCCUGGAACGACGAUCGCCGUACAAUCUCCAACACAACAGCUUAGUAUCGGUCUUCCUGCGGCAGCUGGAGUAUUUCCAAGGCGUCAUGUUUCUCACAACAAACAGGGUUAGUACGUUCGACGAAGCUAUGCAGAGUAGAGUACAUCUUGCACUUAGGUAUGACGACCUGAACGAAGCGGCAAGGGAGAAGGUGUGGAAAACGUUCCUACAACAAGCCGAUGCUACUGCCAACAUCUCUCCCAGAGAUCUGAAUAAACUUCAGGCUCAUCGUUUCAACGGAAGACAGAUCAAGAACACUGUAUGGAUUGGGUUUGCCUUGGCUAGGAACGCAGGAGAGAAGCUUGCAUACGGGCACCUGGAAACCGCUGUCGAGGCAAACAGAGAGUUCGAACUUGAUUUUAAAGGUGUUGGAUCAACGGAGAAUUUGACCUCGUAUGUGUAGGGUCGCUUAUGUACAGCACUCCGGUAAAUACGUUUGGUAGAUUAUAUAGCUGGUCACGCUGGUAUUUAUGC